AUGGCUUCAAACUUGGAAGAUCGCAUAAAAAGUGCUAUAUCUGCCUACAAUUUGCAGGAAAAGCCGAAUAUCCGCGUGGUUGCAGAGCAAUUUGACCUUAAAUAUAAUACACUGCGAGGUCGGAUCCACGGUCGCAACCCUCGAAACCAACGUAUCCCUACCAACAAAGCUCUUGAACCAGAGCAAGAAAAGGCCCUUAUUCUAUGGAUCGAUACCUUGGAUCAGGCCUAUUCUCCGCCCUCUGCAGCCCAAAUCCGUGGCUGUGCACAGGAAAUUGUACGGCGCCAUGAACCCGCCCGUAUACUAGGUAAAAACUGGGGAUACAGUUUUUGCAAGCGCCUACCGCCUGAAUACAAUUAUUUGACCCAAAAGCCUAUCGAAAAGGCUCGAUAUGCACCUGUUGAUCCUGGAUAUUUAAGUUUUUGGUACGAUCGCCUACAAAUUACGUUGAAAACGUACGAUAUUCUACCAAAAAAUCUAUACAAUUUCGACGAAACUGGCUAUCGAAUUGGCGAAGGCAAGCCCCAAAAGGUCGUCUCACGCCGGGGCAAUGCAACCAAUAAUACAGGCGGCCAAAGCGAAUCUUUAACGGGAAUUGAGUGUGUAUCGGCCGAUGGCUGGGUGAUGCCACCUUGGUUCUUGGUCAAAGGGCAAUUCCAUAUGGAGAGCUGGUUUUCAGGCAUCAAUUUGCCUGAUAACUAUACAAUUUGCCCGACGCCGAAUGGAUGGACCGAUGAAAUUGUCAGUUUUGCCUGGGUCCAGAUCUUCGAUGAAUUCACAUCUCUACGGGAGAUGGCAGCGAUGGUUGGGACGGGUGCGAACGCACAGAUUUUGCCCCCUGACAGGAGAGGAACACCAAAAAGCACGGCCCUCACGGAUCCGCCCCGAUCCAUGGAUGACAUCGCGGAAGGGGCCCGCCGGGUGCUUAACCACAUCGAGAACAAUGGCACGGAGGACCGGUACGUCACUGGAUAUAUUCGUGCCGUCCGCCAGUACGCACUAAACGCCCAACGGGGAGACGGUCAGGAGAUGGCCAAGGUGCUUGAGGCGCUGACCAAGAUCAACGCCGGCACCGAACGCCUGAACCAGCGAAUUAAUACCAUUGAAAAGACAACCAACACAUUAUCGACGGCACUAUCUACCCCCGCGGCGAACUCUGCAGCAGCGUGGCGCAACUUCCGGGCCAAAGAAUGGCAGCGCGACUUGGCUACGGCUGCGGCUCCUAUCACCCGGAGCGGCGGCACAUCGUCUCCAGGAGUACCGGAAAUGGAACUUCGCGAGGACCGAGAGGUCAUCGUCAAGGUCGGAAUGAACCGCGAGCAAAUCCGUGGAUUGACACCAAAAGAUCUGGUCGAGAGGGCUGAACGACAGAGGGUAACAAAUGCCCGUCAGAAGAAUUCAGGGGUACUGGCCGGACAGGCUUUCUUUGUCGCCGCUCGAAAAUUGCCGUCGGGGGAUGUGGCAAUGAUCGCCAACAGUGCGGCAGGGGCAGAGGUCCUCCGCAAACAUGCUGCGUGGCUGAGAGCCUUUGGACCAGGCUCGGUGGUCCAAGAACCGUCAUGGGGAGUGGUGGCGUACCAUAUUCCCGUGAGGUCGAUGAAGGUUACUCCGGAGACGAUGGCUGACGUUGCGGCUGAGCUGCUCAGGCAGAACAACUGGGGCGAAGGCGCUAAGAUUCAGUAUCUAGGAUGGAUGACCCGUCCGGGUGAGAGGGCGGAGGGCUCCAUCCUGAUCGAGUUCACCAGCCCAGUCGUGGCUAAUCGCGCGAUCAUCUCGGGAAUCGUGUGGGGGAAGCAAAUUCACAAUGCAUCACGAUUCUGUCGUGAGGGGCGGAUAAAGCUAUGCAGAAAAUGCCAAAAGCCGGGGCAUAUCCAGUCACACUGUUCCAACUUCUUCAAAUGCGGUCACUGCGCCAACGGACACCCGACCUGGGAGUGUCCGUCGACGAAGGGGCAAGCGAUACCAGUCAAGUGCGCCAAUUGUGGCGAAGGGCAUCGCCCUACAAGUCGGGAAUGUCCGGUGAAGGUUGCAGCGAUGAACGAAGCCAAGCAAGCGCUGGCCAACUGCCCUGCAUAUCACCGCGUUCCUAUGCACCUCCAAGUGACGGCAAGCACCGGCAACGAAGCACCUUCGACUAGGGCAGACCCCAUGAUUGCGAAUGGACUCGAAGCGUCGAUACACGCUCCGGAGGGGCAGCGGGGGGAAGAGCCCCCAUGGAACCCCCAGGAUGCUGUAAUCGACGUGGAGACUGCAGCGAUAGAAGUAGAAACAUUACCAGAGGAGGUCACUGAACCGACUCAGCCUACUCAGCUCAAAAGGGGCCCUGGCCGCCCAAAGGGCUCAAGAACGAGGUCAAAGAAUCCCAAACCAACAGUGAUACCGCUGGCAUGCCAAGGGUCCACAAGGCUCCAAGCGGCCUCGAAAAGGCGCCGCACAGGCGAGCCGGACGACACCAUGGACGAGCAACCAGACGACAAUGAAUGGCUCAGCAUUCAACCCACUCCGGCCAGUCUCCCUCAACCUGACACUCGGCAAGAUAGCCUAGAACACCGACUUACCCAAUUCAUCAACGAGGUCACCACUGUCAAUGAGGCCGGUAACACGUCCGGGCCUGAUGACGAGGGGGAAUUGGACCCGGAGAGCCCCGAAUACCGCAAAUUGGUGAUUCUGAAAUACACACAGCGGCAAGCGAUACCGAUUGGAUCAUCUCCGCCGCUCUUUCCGACGGAUGCACCAACAAUCGAAGACCCAAAUGACGAAGUAUGGCACGAGGCCAGCGAACGAAGCGAUGACGAACAAACUCAUCAAUGA